CUUCCGAUGUGCUCCCUGUAUCAGAUGCGUGCAUGACUGUGCACCUGUUCCUGACAUGCGCGCUACGGUCGGCCCGUUAUCACUCGGUCGGCUAUAAAAGCAACACUUCCCAAUAAACCUGCGUUCUUCUUGUUCUGGCUAUCUUGCUGUUGUCACGUCCUUCGCGGCACGCAUACAUGGUGUCAGAAGUGGCUACGACGGUCUAGCUUCGGCAGCCGUGGAAGACGAAGCAUGGAACGGCUGCAGGCACCGGAGCCCCUGCGUCUGGCGGGGAACGUCUCGGCAUCGUGGAAGCGUUUCAAGCAAAAAUUUGAGCUCUUCCUGCAAGCAACGGAAGUGAAGGACCAGCCGAAAAGUGAGGCUUCGAAAGCUGCACUUCUGCUGAGCAUCGCGGGUGACGAGGCGCUCGAUGUAUUCAACAAUUUCAAGUUCGAACCGAACGAGAGCAAGGAUGGCUACAAGACCUUAAUGCAAAAGUUCGACGCCUACUGCUCAGAGGUGACCAACGAAGUGCAUGAAAGGUACCUGUUUCGCACGAGGACCCAAGCGGAAGGAGAACCGUUCGAAAAAUUUUUACGUGACUUAAAGAAACAAGCCUCGCAGUGCAACUUUGGAGCAUCGCAUGACUCACUGGUAAGAGACCAAAUUGUCUUUGGUACCAACAACGCUAAGCUACGGGAGAAGAUGCUUCGGGAGAAAGAGCUGACGUUAUUGAAAGCGGAAAAUAUGUGCAAAAUUGCAGAAUCAGUCGCACAACAAAAUGAGGUGUGGCGCAAAGCAGACGGCUGCGUCGAUGCCAUUUCGAGGCGCACAAACGAGAGUAAGCUUGGCGGGGAACAGUUGCAGUGCAGGCGUUGUAACCGCAAGCACAGGCCGAAGCAGUGCCCAGCAUUUGGAAAAAAAUGCUAUGUGUGCCAAGGUGUCAAUCACUUUUCUAUGUGCUGUAGGAAGUCGACAGAAGUGAGUGAAGUCAACAAACUUCAAGAGAGCGAUUUUGAUGUCCUAGAUGUCUGCAGUAAAGGUGGAAAAACCAAUGAGUGGACGGUAAAUGCUCAAGUUAAUGGUCAGGGAAUUUCCUUCAAGAUAGACACGGGAUCACAAGCCAGCCUUUUGCCAUUUUCGGUCUAUCGGAAACUACCAUCAAAUGAACUACAGCCGACAAGCACAGUGCUGCGGGCGUAUAACGGCGGUGUCAUAACGUGCUUUGGGACAGUGUCGAAAAUUGUGCAUGUUGGAAAUGCACACACUCCGGUGAAAUUCUUCAUUGUAAAAAAUGGUCGCCAGCCCAUACUGGGACUAGAAGCCAGUGAGUCCUUGGGACUGGUUCACCGUACUGUGGAUGCUGUGAACGUGGCUUCUGUAUAUGGUCCUCUGAAGGAUUUCAGACAUGUCUUCGAGGGACUUGGUUGCCUGAAGCAGUCCUAUCACAUGGUCCUGAAACCUGGAGCAGUACCGGUUGUCCAGCCAGCUCGUCGUGUUCCUUUGGCCCUGGAGGAGCCUCUCAAAGAUGAACUCGAAAGAAUGGCGCGGGCUGAAAUCAUCGUGAAAGAACAGGAGCCUACUGACUGGGAGUCCGGGGACGACUUCUGGCAAGGACUACUGGCUUAUCGCUCAGCUCCACUUGAGGACGGGCGAUCUCCUGGUGAACUGUUGCAAGGGAGGCGCCUUCGAGCCAAUCUUUCGUCCCGGAACACUAGACCGCCGCAACGCCUUCGCUAUGACGAGGCAUUUAAUCAAAUUGCUUAA